AUGUCAUCAGUCUCACCAUCCUCUCCUUUGGGGGAUAUUGAAAAGUUAAGCAUAGAGCUUGUUGAACAAUUGGAACCUCAGGAACUUGAACCAAGCCAUCAUGAUUUCUUAAUGAAGAGACAUGGCUCUGUUCAGCUAGACCCUCUUCCUUCUAAUAGCAACUUGGACCCCCUUAAUUGGCCUGAUUGGAAGAAAAAUUAUGAGAUUAUUUUUCUUGCUUUCCAUUGUUUUACUGUGACAUUUAUGCAAGCAGGUCUCUCCCCCGCUUACUUAUCAAUGUCACAACAGUAUGGAAGGUCCAUGACAGAAACUGCGUAUUUAUCCUCAGCACAGAUUUGCGUAUCUGGUUUCGCUCCUUUUUCUGGGUUCCAUUAA